GUUUAAAUCUAGGAUUGUCAAGCAAGAAGAGGUAUCUCCGCUGCUGUUUCUGUGGUGUUAACGAUGGCAGCUAAUUUGACGAGAGCUUUUUUGAAACCGUUGAAGAAUAUACAGCGGGUGUCUGGUGCAUUGUCUCAGCAGAAACACAGAUUCUUUUACGAUUAUGCGCACGAACCGUUUUAUCCGCUACCAAAUCGCGUCCCUAGAUGGCAAACCGUUGAAGAAGCUGUAUCGGUGAUCAAAUCGAAUGAUAAUGUAUAUAUCCAUGGUGCAGCAGCCACGCCCAUCACUUUAGUGAAUGCUAUGACUGAGUAUGGAGCCGAAAAUAACCUGACAAAUAUCAAACUGUUUCAUAUCCACACUGAAGGAAUAGCACCAUACACAAGACCUGAAUAUGAAGGUAUUUUCAGGAGUAACUCGUUUUUCAUUGGUGGUAACUGUCGUGAGGCCGUCAAUGCCGGUAGAGCCGAUUUCACUCCCAUAUUUCUUGGUGAGAUUCCCCUGCUGUUUAGAAGGAAUAUCAUCAAUUUAGAUGUGGCAUUAAUUAUGGUCAGUCGUCCAGAUGAUCAUGGAUUUUGUACCUUGGGACCAAGUGUGGAUUGUACAAGAGCUGCAAUACAGAAUGCGAAACAUAUCAUAGGACUGGUGAAUCCUAAAAUGCCACGUACAUUUGGAGAUGGUAUAAUUCAUAAAUCUCAUUUUGAUGCCUUGGUGGAAGAUGAAUUUGAUCUACCUGAAAAACCAAGGCAUGUCUUAACAGAUGAAGAGAAAUCCAUUGGCAGAUACAUUGCUGAAAAUUUGGUAGAAGAUGGUGCCACCUUACAGAUGGGUAUUGGAUCAAUUCCUGAUGCUGUACUUGAACAACUCCAGAAUCAUCAAAAUUUAGGAAUCCACUCAGAAAUGUUCAGUGACGGCGUUGUUGACCUCAUAAAAAGUGGUGCAGUUACUAAUGCACAUAAAAAAAUUCAUCAAGGCAAAAUAGUUGGUGGUUUUUGUGUUGGUACAAGAAGUCUGUAUGAUUACAUGGAUGAUAAUCCAUUUAUUGUGAUGUGCGAUAUUGCAUUUGUCAACAACACUUCAAUUAUAUCCCAGAAUCCCAGAGUAACUGCUAUUAAUUCAUGUGUGGAAGUUGACCUUACUGGACAAGUUGUGUCUGAUUCUAUCGGUACUAGGAUGUAUUCCGGUGCUGGUGUCGUGACUACCCGUGCUCAUGUUCACUACAUUGUCACCGAGUUUGGCAUUGCUUAUUUGUUUGGUAAAAAUCUUCGACAGCGUGCACACGCAUUGAUUAACAUCGCACAUCCAGACCACCGAGAAUCUUUGGAGAGAGCAUCCUUUGAAAGGUUAAAGGUUAUGCCUUCAUCAGAUUAAUUGGAUUAAUAAAUGGAGAAGACAGAAGAAUGAUGGAUGAGUUUUAGCAUUAAUCCUUAGAGAUGAUCCAUGUAUUAUGUGGUCACCAUGACAAUACAUGUUCUCAGCAACAGUUUCCUUAAAACCAUAUUUGUUCACAUCUUGUCUAUUAUUUUAAUAAACAACAUAGAUCCAGACAUGAGUGGUGGCAAAUGUAAGAAAGCUGUUGCUAAGUGACAACACAUUCUUUCCCUUCUUCAUGACUUUUAAAACAACAGUACUCAUUUUAGAAUAUGGGCCAUUGGGAGAUUUCAGUGACCAUCCAGUUUUUAAAACAAAAUCUUGAUUAUAUGUGUUGCAUACUGUGAUUAGUGUGCCGUAGAUGCAUGCUGUUAAGCUUGAAUGUAUCUGUAUCUGUUCUAUAAAACAAGUUUUUUACUGACAGAGCUUAGAGCAAUAUAAAUUAUGUGAGCUAAAAGAAUUGUGUAUUUACAUUGCAUGUAUAUUUACUUAAAUUUUGUGAAUGUGAUUUGAUAGAUUACAUUGUAGUAUGCACAAAUUUCUGUUCACUACGAGAUCCUGCAUUAUGUGUGAAUUAAAUUAAAAACAGGACAAACAAAGGUCAUAGCACCGUGGGAGUGUCAAAACAUCAUAAAAAUAUUUGUCAAGUAUUUCCAUGCUUAUUAAUCUGCUAAAAUAAUGGUAAUUUUAAUGAAGUAAGGGUAUCUCAAUGCUAAAAAAAAGUUGAUUUUUUGUAGCAAACAUUUUUGUUCACACUUUUCAUGUGCUAUGCAAAAUCUUGUAGUGACCAGAAAAUUGCCCAUUCCCAAGUAACCCUUCAGUUAUUAUACCAGUAUAUAUUUCACUGGUAUACAGAGAUUGUUAGUCAGACAUUAUUCUAAAGAGAAAUGUUACAAACUUGGUUAAAAUGAUAUUAUGUAUGUAUAUACAUGUAUGGUAUCAAUGAAAUGUUACACUGUGUCUGAAUGGUCAACUGACAGGUAAUCAGCAAAAUGUGGGUAAAAUGUUGGAAAAUUUUUCAUUGCCAGAAAAAGUUUCAAUACUGUGUCAGAAUGACAAGAAUGACUUUUUCCCAAAGUCCUCGUUAGAUCUUGGAUGAAAAAGGGCUGCCCAGAUCUUGUUGACCUUUUCACCACCAGAUUUCCUUGCCCAAUUUUUUUUCCAUUUUUUUUCUCAUAUUCUUUAAUAUUUCUGGAAAUGAACCCUAAUUUUGGACCAUUUUGGACAAUAAGUACGGGAGAGUAUAGAACGCUAUUUAAGUUAAAAACAGGGUUUAUAUGAUUCUUCCGUUCUUCACAAGAUCUCUCAGCCAUUUACAUCUAGUCUAUUUUACCCGAAUUGUGAAAAUACGUACCUCGCAAAAUUAAGGAUGUAUACAGAGUACACCUAUGAAAACUGAAAUAUAAAUUAUAUAAACUGUUGUUUGAUUCUUUAUUUUAAAAAGAAUUUUUGUGUCCUGAAUGUAAGUUUGAUUUCCCCAUAACAAAAAUGCAUAUAGAUUUAUUUUUUUUAUUUUUAGUAUGGAUUGAAAAACUAGUGAUGUAUUUUUUUGUUCAGCCUUACUGCACCUUGAGUUGAUUCUCGCUGUCAUAAAAAUGUUGUUAUUUAUUAUUUUCUUAUAGUGUUAAGUAAAUUGUUAUACCACUUAUUUUUCAUACCGCUUUGCGUUUACCAACUUUGAAGUGUCAUGUGUGCAUACUUUUUUGAAUGAGAAUUUUUUGACUUGUUGAGACCGCUUUUCAUAAGAGCUUGCCAUUUUUAAAAGCCAAAGGCUUCAUUUAGUAUGUUUUACAUUGAAAAAAUGAUAUCAUACAAAAAAGUGCAAAAUCCAUGAUAACCAGAAUACUUUUUUCGUCAUACUUUUAUCAAAGCCAUCUUUCUAUACAAUUAUUCAAUUCAAUAAUCAUGGGAUUUUACUUUCUCAUAUAUGUAUGUUAUUGUAGCAGAUUUUAUAUUUCAUGUAACUUUUGCAAAACAAUUUUUUUUUCAUACUGUUCAAAUUGCAAAAUGCAUGUUCCCGCUUGUGCUGAAAUUAAGAAAAAAAAUUUAAUUAACAAAGACUUGGUACCCAUCGCUGAAGGAGCAAACCAUUUGAAAAUGUGGGGUGGAAGCUUUGAUGAUGAAACCACAGAAAAGAUCAAGCUACAGUAAUAAGGAAAAAACAUUCAAUCUACAAAAGCACUCUAGAUUUACAAUCCUCCACCCUUCAACAUUUUUAUGUUGCAUUGUCUGCAAAAUUUAGUUUGAAGUGUUUUGGCAUGCAAAGUAAUAUGCGUAAUAAGUAAUAUGCAUACUGUAAUAAAUGCAAUAGUUACAAUGUUCACGAUUUUUUUUUACUCAUGUCACCACAGUAAUCGAGCAAACAUAUGUACAUCCUCAGUCAGUUGUGUUCAGUGGACAUGAUGCAUGAUGAGAUUUAUUGUCGUGAAGACAAUAACUAAUUUGAUAAAUGACACAAUGUAUCGGGUUUUAAUCAGUAUAAUUCACAACUUUUAGAUUGGAAUUUUAGCCGAGUUACCCAAAAUAGUAAGGGCUUUCAACUAAGUUUUGCCAACAAUACAAUUUUAAUGUAAUAUCCGUAAAUCAAAGCAGGGCGGUUACUUACCUCUAAUCUCACAGUCCUGAAUACACCUAAUUGCCUAUUUUAGAAAAAGUUACAACUCAAUUUAUUAUAGCUUCUAAAAUGUAUUUAUUGCACUUUAAUAUGCAUUUACAAAAAAAAAUAUAAUAUUAGAAAGCUUUUUGGAAUGUGUGAAGCCAGUCACUUUAAUACUUUGUGCGAUAUGUUAUUUAUAUAUGAAUGUACAACUAGAAAUGUAACAUUAAAUAUUAAUUGGAUGAAUACACUGACUGUAAAUGAUGUUAUUAGUAUUAAAUGAUGAUUUGUGUUUACAGUA